GCCGGUAGUGAGCGUGAAUUCAUCGUUCUAACAUCUUCAUCUGCGCUUUCCUUCCCUCAUUUAUACCCCGCCUUCUGCGAAUUCUCUCUCUCUCUCUCUCUCUUCCAUAAAAUCCCACCAAAACCCACACCGUCUCUGAACACAACAAGCGAAAGAAAGAAACAACAACUCCCAAGUGAAUGAAGAAAUGCCUCAUCGACAGUUUCUGCAAUAUCUUUCCGAUUUCCCAUCUCCACCUCCGCCACCACCACCACCACUCCCUACCAAAACCCAAACUCCUCCUUCUUCAAAGGGCUUAAACCCUAGCAUUCUCAUCAUCGCCCUCAUCCUCACACUCGUCUUCCUCAUCUCCGCUUCCCUCCAUUUCCUCCUACGCUACAUUGACCGCCUGCGCCACCCCUACUCCCCGCCCAACCCCCACCACCCAAUCGCCGACCGCCACGUGUCCCACGACCAGCAGACCUUCAUCGACUCCCUCCCCAUCUUCUCCUUCGACUCCGUCACCGCCUUCCAGAAAUCUGCCCCAGACUGCGCCGUCUGCCUCUCCAGAUUCGAGCCCCACGACCAGCUCCGCUUCCUCCCUACUUGCUGCCACGCCUUCCACGCCCGCUGCAUCGACACAUGGCUCUCAUCCAACCGCACCUGCCCCCUCUGCCGCUCCACCAUCGACGCCCCCGAAUCCGCCAAGACCUCCCUUUCCGCCGGCGAAAGCUUCCGCAUCGAGAUCGGCAGCGUCAGCCGCCGGAGGGGUGCAGCCGACUCCGGCAACGGCAGCCGGAGGUCCUACUCAGUCGGAUCGUUCGAUUACAUCAUCGACGACGACGAGGUCGUCGUUGUCGUAGCCGCAGGCGCCUCGGAGUGCUCCGGGGGUGCGAAGGAUAAGGAGGAGGAGGCUGCUGCGCCGCCGCUUCCGCCGCCGCCAGGGGCGGAAGUGGCGGAGGCCGCUGGCGGGAGGGGCUGGUUGAAGGAGUACGUCGACCGACUCGCUUCGUCGGCUUCUUCGUCGUUAUCUUCUUCAAGGGCGCUUUCUUUCCGGCUGCGAGGCGCCGGAACCAGCCGGCGGAGCGACGUUGGUGCGGCUGCCGGUAGCGGGAGCUGGGACCUGGAGGGGUGUAAGAUUGGAGAGGAGGGGAGCAAUUUCUUCCGGUGGUUGACAGGGGCAUGAUUGGUAAUUAUGAUGAAAUAGUUAGGUGAGAAUCGUAAUUUUGGCGACGAAAUUCGAUUUCCGGCGCCAGGUUGUUUUUAGUGUUGCUUGAGCAAACUCGCGGGAGUGCACUUUCCAAUGGAGUCGAUUCUUCCACGUGGCAAUCUGACGCAUCGUAUAAAAAGAUCCAAGCCGUUCAUCGGUCAUGUUAGAUCAUGCAGAUUCCAUAAACCAAAAAUCAUGCCGAUCUACUCUUUAUUUCGAUCAAACGUUUACAAAAAAGAACAGUGGUCCAUUUUAAAAGCGCACGUACAGACUAUAUUUCACGGUGGACCUCUCAUUAUAAGCGGCCGGGAUCCCACACACGUGUGCUAAUCUGGCACGUAUAAUCACCAUGUUUGCUGGAUGCGUUCACUACGCGUUUCUCCUGUAAAACUAGAGUGAUGUCCUGAACGACUGAGAACGACCGCGCAAAUUACCGAUACGCCCCAAACGUGAAGGAAGAAGUCCCAAGGGUGUUUCCGUCAAUGUAGGGCUUUCUUUGGGGAAGAAGGAAUGUCGGUGCGUAGGAGAGAGGCGGGUGGAAGAGAUGGCAUGGGUUUCAUAAAUUUACGGAAAUGUCCCUGAGAAUGACAGAAGUGGCUGUGCAGUCCAUAAUGCAAUAUCUUCAUUUUUGUCCUUUUUAUUUUUUUACUUCAAUAUUUCGGGAAGAAAUACCCAACCACCAGCGCGUCUGCUUUUAAUGUAGAGAGUCUGAUUUAAGUGGAGAGAAAUAAAAUGCGACAGAAUGUAGCUGAAAGAAAAAUAUGGUCAUCUACAUGCAGUCUAUUGGGUGGGCCAUCCUCGUGGCUGGACAUAGACCAUCGGCUGCCUAUUAAUUUCGACAGAUAACCAUCUGGUAAAUGGACCAUCCUCAUUUCUACA